AUGGGUGCUGCGUGCUCGAGGCCUGCAGCGAAGUCCCUCGGUGGGCCAGCACCGGAAGAAAAAAGGGCAUUGGGAGGAAAAGCAGAAGAAACAUUAGAAGACGUGAAGAACGCAGCGUCGGAGAGGGCCGAGAACAUCAAAGUGGCUGCAGAAUCUCUGGAUUGCGUGAAAGAAGGUAUCACUAAGUCACCUGAAGUCGAAGAUCUGAAAAAUAGAGCGGCUGAAGCGGCUGACGCAGCCCCACCAAAAGUAGUUUUAAAAGAAGACGAAGCCAUGCCAGGGGGGUCUCAACAGGGAAGCAAAUUGCUUCUUUCUCAUGCAGACCAGCAGCUGCUGGAUGCGGCAAAGCAACAAGUAGCAGCUAAAACCGCGACAGCCAGCACCUCAGCAAGCGCUCCCCCUGCUAACUCACCCCUUGCAUACUUGUUCUUUGCCUCUUCUCUUAACGAGGGCUCUCUAAUUCAGUUGUGGGCCCCUAGUCCCAUGACCCCAGAACAAAUGAAAGAAAAGCAGUAUGUACUGCUAGCAUCACUUAUCCCUGCCAGGCACAAGAAGGUUACUAAGAACAAGCUAACAGUAAAUGGGGGAAUUACAUGCUUCCAGCAAGAAAUAUUGUAUAAGUGGGACAUAUGGAGUAAAGCUCAGCGGCAGCCUUACUACCAAGGGUGGGUCAAGUUCUUAAAAGCAGCAGAUGAAAUGGAGGCCACAGUAAGAAUUCAUGUUUUCGAUAAGCCAGCACCGUCAGCCAGAGUCUUCGUACUUCACACGGGACCAAUUGAGAACAAGGUUAUACCUAUCACGGAGGAGCAAGACCUGAAAAUUUCCGUAUUUAGCUUUGUCUCAGUGGUGCCUCCUCCGUCCACUUACAAACCUGGGACAAACAUCACUCCUAAACGAUUCGGCGAUCUUGCUACAGAAAGUGGAGGUGCUUAUAUACAGCUUUCCCGACGUGGCGGCGAUGCCGUAUUCGAUGAAGCAGAUGUGGUGAAAUGGUUAGCUGCAGAAGGUUUGGAGCUGCAGCAAGGAGGGGGCAUUACGCUGGACGCUACAGGAACUUACGAACGGAGAUCGGAUAAAAAGGGAGGGAAUGUUCCAGCUACACCUACUUGA